CAUGAAGGUGGCUGAUGGUGUGAUUCAAGAUUGAACUGGAAGUUCAAGGAUUCUCAACUCUCAGCUGGAACUCAUAUCAACACCUGAGAAAUGGAAAAUCAAAACAAUGUGACUGAAUUCAUUCUUCUGGGUCUCACAGAGAACCUGGAGCUGCGGAAAAUAUUUUCUGCCAUGUUUCUUGUCAUGUAUGUAGCCACAGUGCUGGAAAAUCUACUUAUUGUGGUAACUAUUAUCACAAGUCAGAGUCUGAGGUCACCUAUGUACUUUUUUCUUACCUUCUUGUCCCUUUUGGAUGUCAUGUUCUCAUCUGUUGUUGCCCCCAAGGUGAUUGUAGACGCCCUCUCCAAGAGCACUACCAUCUCUCUUAAAGGCUGCCUGACCCAGCUCUUUGCCGAGCAUUUCUUUGGCGGUGUGGGGAUCAUCCUCCUCACUGUGAUGGCCUAUGACCGCUACGUGGCCAUCUGUAAGCCCCUGCACUACACGAUCAUCAUGAGUCCACGGGUGUGCUGCCUAAUGGUAGGAGGGGCUUGGGUGGGGGGAUUUAUGCACGCAAUGAUACAACUUCUCUUCAUGUAUCAAAUACCCUUUUGUGGUCCUAAUAUCAUAGAUCACUUUAUAUGUGAUUUGUUUCAGUUGUUGACACUUGCCUGCAUGGACACCCACAUCCUGGGCCUCUUAGUUACCCUCAACAGUGGGAUGAUGUGUGUGGCCAUCUUUCUUACCUUAAUUGCGUCCUACACGGUCAUCCUAUGCUCCCUGAAGUCUUACAUCUCUAAAGGGCGGCACAAAGCCCUCUCUACCUGCAGCUCCCACCUCACGGUGGUUGUAUUGUUCUUUGUCCCCUGUAUUCUCUUGUACAUGAGGCCUGUGGUCACUCACCCCAUAGACAAGGCAAUGGCUGUGUCAGACUCAAUCAUCACACCCAUGUUAAAUCCCUUGAUCUAUACACUGAGGAAUGCAGAGGUGAAAAGUGCCAUGAAGAAACUCUGGAUGAAAUGGGAGGCUUUGGUUGGGAAAUAACUGCAAUGCUGAGAACAUCAUGUAUUUCCCAAAAGGAGAAGUCAUUCUUUCAGAAAUGUG